CAGAGAGUGUUGGAGGGCAGCACACAGUAACAUUCUGCUGUGUUGUGAUUAUGGAGUGAGCAUGGAGCAGCAGGACCAAAACAAGAGGAGAAGGGGAUACAAUGAGGACACAGCGUGGCUUUAUGCCUGAUCAAUGAAAGGUAGAUUAGUUCAGAAUUGAGGGCUCAUCAAGAAUCGAUGCUUUGCAGAAGGACCGCCUGCAGACUCCUAUGAGUUUGUUUUCUACCACCAAGGGAUUGGAUAUAUGAAGACAAAGUCACUCCAAAAUGUGAUGGAUCAAUGAGGACAUAAAACAGAAGGCGUAAAAGUAGCUACUGACAUUUGGACUCAAGAAAACAAGACAACUCGCAGCAGGAUCAAAACAAACACUCAGACGGAUGUAAUGACAUGGAAAUACCGCUGCUCUCUUGAAUUACCAGACUUUUGAGACAGCCAAACAAGGGAUGGGGAGAAGAGCCGCUGACCUGACAACUCCAGUUCCAGUUUUGGGUGUCCCUGCCCUGGUUGGAGUGCGUGGUUGGAGAACAACAGGAGUAGACAGAGCCCUGCUGCACACAUGGGGACCUCAGUGCAGCGUGGGUGUUCAGACAUCCCCGGGGAUAAGCAGACCACUCACCCAGCACAGUGUACAGUUAACUGAUACACUCUCUACGCCAUCGGAUAGCAUUACUCAAACAUCCAAGAGCUACAUCACCAAGGAAACAGUGUACAAGGAGAUAUUACUUCAAACAAAGACUGACAAGGAGAAAAGGGUUAUUUUAAAACAGAAAAGUGGGGAAUCCAAGACCAAAAAAGAAGUGACUUUCAAAGCACUAGGAGGUGAGGCCUCUGAGGAUGUGGCCUGCAGUCAGAGGAACAGUAGUGGGACUUAUUGCUAUGCCAGGGCAAUCAAGACCAACCCACACUUUGCUGGGAAUGUAACCAACGUCAGGUCUAAAUUAAAAUCUGCUCACCGCUACACCAACGGCAGCGUGGUAGAUUCAGAGGCGAUCGGCGGAAUUAGCGUUCACAGCGACGAGGCAGAGUCUGUCGACAGUGCGCUCUCUCGUGAAAAAGACCCAACCGGACUGCAAGGUCAUUAUGCAGAGCGGUGUGGGAAGCUGCUGUUAUCUGCUGCCCGACCUUUUGGUAUGCCACAAAGAAUAUGCAGCCAUUGCGGUGGCAGACAGAAUGAGAAAAGCUCCAAUACUGGUGCUUGUCUCGCAGAGAAACUAUCGAAGUCAGCCUCCGUCUUGCCUACCACGCAUGUCCAGAUGCCCAAUAUGGAGAACAACUUUAAGCCUAGCCAUUAUGAAAUCUCAGAGAGCAUCACAAACAGAGGCAACAGGACACUCGUUAAUCCACAAAUGUUAUAUUUUAGUGAAGAACUAAAGUAUGGAAAUACCCCACACCCAGCAUGCCUAGUGCACUCUAAAGGCAAUUUGGACACUUUUUCAGAGACACAUGCUGCAAUUGAUGCAACGUCUCCUCAACCCACAACCAUCCUCAAUGCCAAAAUCAUAACUUUUACUAAAGCAACGAUUGAAACAAGAAAAGAGGAAGCCAGUAUAGAAUCUUUAGCAAAAUCGCCACAAGGCGGUAAAAUCCCGCGACCAACAACUCUCGCUCUGACUCCGCAGUUUGCAACAGCUACCAAACCAAACAAGCCACACACACACACUUAUCCUAAGCAGUUUGAAAACCCACAAAACAACUCGGCGCAAAAUAAAAAAGAUUUGUCACCAUCUUCUCAAUUUGAAAACACAUCUACUACCAACACGCGCAAAUCCAUCACAAACUUUAAUACUGUACUGGCGUCCACUGAAAGUAUACCUGCUAAAUUUGCUAAUGCGCAACAUGAAAUAGUAUGUGUAGAAAUAAAUACAACUCAUAGGCUGGGAAUAAGCCCUAAAAGACCUGUCUUAUUACAAGUAGCCAAUGCAUUAGACCCUGCAAGUCCACCACGUUUCUCUCGCAAUUCUGGAUAUACCCCUCAAGAAGAAACACUAUCAAGCUUCGAGGAAAAAUCACCAGGCAAAGCAUCUUUUAUUGACACUGCGAUGAACUCAAGUAGAUUUUCCAUGCAAAACAAAACUGCGUCACAUUCAAUUCUCAGAACUGUUGUCCCACAGAAUGCUUUGAAUCGCACCUCUAGUUCAGAUCAUACCAGCACUGAAAGUAAAUCUGUGGCUACACAGAUCCAACCGAUUCUACGUAACGCCUCAAAGUCCGAGCCUGCGCUUCAUGUUUCCACAGUAUCUGUAAACGCAACAUUUAGUGAAACAAAACCCCAAGACUCAAGAGUUAGGUUGCCUUCAAGUGCAGCACCCAGUUCUACAUCUACAUGCAACGGCGCUCUAUUCAAAAAUAAAGCCCUCAGGUACUCCUCAAUCAAUCUGAAAACGUCACCACACACUGUCUCCACCUCUUCAUCUACAUUGACAGGAAACCAAAGUAACGUCUGUGCCACAGAUACAGCUUUGCUGCAAUCAGCAGACACAACACAACCCACCAACGUUCUUAAUCGGAAUGACGCGCCUCAACCUGAUCACACACUAGCAACAGACAGCAGGUUUCAAAGCGGGAAUGAAUCUUGUGUGUGUGGUGUUGUUUCCAAUCAGGAAAACAACUCAACAAUGACUCCGGUUGCAUUAUCCGAGCAGCUAAACGUGUCAAAAGAUCACAUCAAAGUCAGUGAUGCAAGCACCCCAACUCCUAAAUCAGCCAUUAUUCCGGAUACUGAAUCAUAUACGCGUGGAAAUAAAUUCAGUGGUAAUCUAAUCAAUGAAUUCGUUUUGCAUGAGUCAAAUGACCAUGAAAAUUCAAAUGUGCCCCAGGUCACCGACCUUCAGAAUUACAUUUCCCUAAUUAAGUCAAGCAGCUCUUGUCUCCGGGGUUGCAUGAACACAGGGCAACAAAGGCGCACGCAUCAUCAAGAAUACAAAGACACUGAACAUGAGGGACAAUCCACUACAUGCCCACCAGUAAAGAGCGCCCAGGAGAUGGAUUCAAAAACAGAACAAUUCUCCUCUGGAUUCUCAGUCAGGCAUGCGAAUAUUAGUCUUAAAUAUAAGGCCGACGAACGGACACUUCCCAAUCACUCAAAACCAGUUGCCAAAGCACAAUCAAACUGUGAGACCACUUUCUCAUCACUGAAACACACUGGUGCACAUGUCGAGGCAAUUAUUAAACCUUCAGUUCUCCAAACCUCUGAUUCAGAACCUUCAUCCCUAUCACAAACACACAAAAGUCCAGAGCUUUCAUUCACUGCACCAGUCCCUUUUAACAGCCAGGAAAAGUGUUUUAUGCGCACAGGCACUGAAUGCAAUUCCAUAUUGCCGUCAUCAACAAAGCUCUUGGCAUCCAUUUCCCGCCUCCCGUCCUGCGAGGCAGAGGCGAUCGUCAGAGCGGAUUCAAAAUGUAGCGCUGCCCCCCCUCAGCCGUGCCCAGAGGACCCCAGCCUGGCUCACUCACAGCCAGCUGCUGCAGCCCUGUUGCUGCCUCCUUCCCCACAGUGCUGCAAAUCAGCAGCCCUACAGCAGAGGCUCGAGACUGUGGAGGCCAGCCUGGCAGCCAACAAGGACAGGAUCACUACUCUGCUUAACAUUAUCCAUAACCUGGAGACCUGCCACACUCCCACCAGCGGUCGGCAAUGCUUCAACACUGGACAGGACCUCAACAACUGCUUAACCUGCCAGAAGACUGCUUGUAUUGUGUACAGUGUGGAGUAUGACUUCAGGCAGCAGGAAAGACGCUUCUUGGAAGUUCUGAACCUUUCGACAAAAGGAAAUAAUGCUUUCAACGCGCACUCAUCCCCUCCCCUGAACUUCAGCCUGCUCAGAAAUGUCAUCAUUAAGAACUUAACAAAGUCAAAGGUGAAAAGCAAAAAGCUUUGCAAGACCCUGUUCAAAUGGCUGCCCAGGAAAAUCCAGCAAGUGUAGACCUCUCCACAAAACCUGUGUGCUGUUUUAUAGCCAUAAGCCUGUGUUUCAAGUGACCAGCAGAAGCCUUUGCAGAGGACUUCUACUCCUCCUUUCCUAUAGAAUAGG